GUGUGGCCUGAUAUUUAAUUGAUGGCAAAUCAAAGUGUUUUGAAAGAAGUGUAAAAAGGCAAAACUAACGAUGACGGCGCAAACAAGGCUUGCUUAGCUCAAAGUUUCGCAAUUUAUUUACGUUUCUUUGGUAAAGAGGCUGACUAUGACGUGAAUUCAGAGUUUUCUACCUUCGCAACGAAAGCGUCACGUCAAAAGCGCCCAAGUUCACUCACUCAAGUUCAAGCGCCAAAAAGAGCGAACAGCUCUCGCGAGAGAGAGCAAAGCUUUCGCAUCAAAUCAAGCGAUUUACACCCGAAAGCCAGCGGCACAGCACCAAAAUGAGUAACGAAUCUUCCGUUAGCGAAACAACACCGCUCCGGCGGCCACCAAGUCAAUUGAGUGCCGAAUCAGAAGCUAACGUGGCCAACACCAGACAGGCGACGACGGUUGUGUCGUUGGUUGACAAUAAUAAUCUUAGCAGCAAUAAUAACCACUACAGCAACUUGGUCGAGGUGCGUCUCCAGGCGGCAGAAGAGAACCAACAGCAGCAGCAGCAACAGCAAGGAGAAAACAUGGACACAAAUAAGAGAAUCUUGUGCCGCGUGGGCCUGGACAUUUUAAUUUUACUCUGCGUUGGCUUUCCUAUACUAUUAUUUUUCCUGCUCGGAGAUCCCUAUAAGCGGGGCUUCUUCUGCGACGAUGAGUCGCUGCGGCAUCCCUUCCACGACUCCACAGUGCGCAAUUGGAUGCUGUACUUCAUUGGAGUGCUGAUACCCGUUGGUGUGAUACUCACUGUCGAAGUGCUCAUCUCGCGUCGCAAGGCGAAACUGGACAAUGGCAAUGCCACGAGUCGUCGCUAUGUCGUUAUGGGCCACGAGCUGCCCAACUGGCUGAUUGAAUGCUACAAGAAGGUCGGCAUCUAUGGCUUUGGCGCCGCUGUUAGCCAGCUGACAACGGACAUUGCCAAGUACUCCAUUGGACGACUGCGGCCACACUUUAUUGCGGUGUGCCAGCCCGUCCUAGCCGAUGGCUCCACAUGCGACGAUCCACAGAAUGCCAACAAGUACAUUCAGGAGUUUACUUGCCGUGGCCUGGGCUCAUCGGCGCGCAUGCUCAAAGAGAUGCGACUGUCGUUUCCCAGCGGACACUCGAGCUUCACCUUCUACGCCAUGGUCUACAUGGCGCUCUAUCUGCAGGCACGCAUGACCUGGCAUGGCUCCAAGCUGCUGCGCCAUCUGCUGCAGUUUAUGUUCAUUAUGAUUGCCUGGUACACGGCGCUGAGUCGCGUCUCGGACUACAAACAUCAUUGGUCGGAUGUGCUGGCUGGUGCACUGAUUGGCUCCACCUGUGCCUUGGUUGUGAGCUUUUGUUUGCCCAAGAAUUGGUUCAAUGGGCACACAGUGUGGCCCGCCAAGGGCAAGGAGCAGUAGGACAGAGAGCAACUCAUUUACUUGUAACAAAGAACUGCAAUUAAAACAUCACAAAUCGAAGCA